UCUCUAACCCCAUUUCAUCAGAUUCUCCCAUGGAAGAACAACCUUCAACCUCACAUAAACACACCUCUCCCCAACUUCUGAACAAAUGGAUCGAGAUUCAAGAUUCGCUCAAGAAACAGCUGAUCACAGAGGACAGAUUCAACUGGAAACUACCCACAACAAAAGACCAUUUUUUCACAGGUACAGAAGAACAAAAUCAAGAUUCUCACAGCGGCGAAAGUCAAACCCUAAAGUAUGUGGGUGGCGUUGACCUGAGCUUCUCCAAAGUUGACCCUUCAAUUGCAUGCGCCACCCUAGUGGUUCUUGAUUUCUCCACUCUUGAAUCUGUGUACGAGGAUUACGCCAUUGUUGAGCUUCGUGUUCCUUAUGUUCCUGGAUUCUUGGCAUUUAGAGAGGCUCCAGUGCUUCUAGAACUUCUUGAUAAAAUGAAGAAGACGGCACUUUCGUCGUACCCGCAGGUACUGAUGGUUGAUGGUAAUGGACUGCUUCAUCCUCGAGGGUUCGGAUUGGCUUGUCAUAUCGGUGUUUUGGCUGAUCUUCCUACUAUUGGAGUAGGAAAGAAUUUACACCAUGUCGAUGGUCUCACACAACAUAAAGUGAGACAACUUCUAGAAGAAGAUGGCAAUUCGUGUAGCGAUAUCUUCACUUUGAUCGGUGACUCCGGGUCCACUUUAGGAGCCGCAAUGAAAUCAACUGAAGGCUCACAAAAACCGGUAUUCAUUUCAGUCGGCCAUCGUAUAUCUCUUCACACUGCCGUCAAAAUCGUGAAGCAAUGUUGUAGGUUCCGAGUCCCGGAGCCCAUACGCCAGGCCGACAUCAGAUCGAAGGAUUGCCUUCGGAGGGACAGCAUGCGUAAAAAUGUUUGCUUGUGAACAUCAUCUUUACUAUAAUUAUCUUAUGCUUUGUAUUUGUUUUGUAAUAUACAAAUCUUUAUUUAUAAUAUAUUAAUUGUUUUAAAAUAUACAAAAAGCCUUAUAUAUUCCAACCCAUUGCAAAAAUAAAACACUCAAUAGUCAAUAGAGACACACAUACUGAUAUACAUACAUAUGGCAAAAAGAA